CUGUAGCUACAAUGUGUGUGAUUUGAUUUUAUGAUUUUUAUUUUUAUUAUUUUCAUCUCUUUAUGUGUGGGACUUUAUAAUUUUUUUAUCUUAAAUGUCAAAAUUGACGAUAUCAGAAUUCAUAUACAAAAUCAAUACAAAAUUACAACGUAGAUUUAUUAUAAUUGAUUUAUCAUUGAUAUAAAGUCUGUGCAGAAUUCUACACAAUGUCAUUGUCAUAACUGUCAUAUCUUCAUGGACCAAAAACAGUGAUGGUCUAUCGAUCAGUACCGUCCGUUUUCGAAAAAAAAAAAAAUAGUAAAAUAAAUUUGCCAAUCCACUAAAUUAAAAAUUAAACCUUAGUUUAAAUGAUUAAAACACGUAAUUAAAAAUCUACGGCAACGCAGUCGAACUUAGUGAAAAAUGAGAAGCGUUUAUUUAGUAUUAUUUUUGUUUUCCUAUGUGAUCAGCAAUAAUGAUAAAGAAGCAGAAAUUGAGUUCAAAAAGAAAAGAAUAAUUGAGCAAUUGUCUAGGACUCGACCGGUGAUCAUAGAAGGGUAUCAAUUGGUAACUAGGCAUGUUGGAAUAGACGUGUACAUGUACAGGAGUUAUCGCACUGUUUCGGUUGUUUUUUAUCCUGUUGCGAACGAUAUCAGUGAUGCACAAUUCACGUUUCAGUCGGAGGAACUGCACUUGAACAAUAUAGGUUCAUGUAGUCCGCGUGAAGUGAUAAUACACCUAAAAUAUGGAUCCUACCCAGUCGUAAAUCCGGACGGAUAUCCGUUUCCGAAAGAUUUCAUUAAUGCGGAUAGCAGAGAAAGUAUGUACACGAUAGAGAUACUCUCUGACGGUAAAAAUAUAUCGUUUUCAAUACAAAAUCCGAAACCUGGCAUUUGGUAUGCCCUGGCUUACAUUAAGUGGGAGGAUCCGAGAACGCAAAAAGUUGAACAAGAAGGUUUGGUUGCAGACUGUCAUACAAUUUUGUACACCGAUCUACAAGUGAAAGCAGACGACACUUCCCAAUACAUCAAUUGUUAUAAACCGCUGACAAUAGAUUACGAAUCUUUACCAAAAAUUUUCAAAUGUAAAUCUGAAGAUAAUUUGGAACCACUUAAGCUUGAUUUAAAUAUUAAUAUGACUACAGUUCCAAAUAAAAAUAUCACAGUGCGAGUGCAAUCUGAAUCAUCUCCGACCGAGGAUAACUUUAUACUGUACUGUGUUUUCAAUCCCAGUGUAAAUAAAAACCAGAUCGUAACAUUCCACUCUUACCCAAAUGCGGUACACUUUAUCAACGUGGAUCUAUUAGAUGGAAACGCGUCUAAAAUAGCUGAUUGUGAUUCAUACGCCAAAGAUUUUGAUGAUGUGGAUAAUCAAACCCUAGCAACUCUUAUGCGUGAUGAUAAAGACAGGUUUUUCGCGUUCGACUAUGGACUGCCAACGACUGAUUUGCAAGAUGUCACUAGUUUAGUAAAUUUGACCUCCAAUGAGAUUAAAUCAUUCAGAUUUGAUAUCAACCAAUUUAUAGAUAUAGGUGGAAGUUUGACCAUCGAAGCAAGCGUUCUAAUGAGCUUGAAAUAUUAUAUGGGAUAUAAACGAGAACUCAAGAAAGGAACGUUAUUAGGAUUUACAGAAGACAAUCAAUUCUUUAAAGUUGUGGUGUGUUUGGACGUGAGUCAUUCAAGUAUACCGUUACAAUCGGGGCAUUGCAAGUUCAACGACCGUGUAAAACCAGCGCUGUUUGUCUUGAAUAGUACGGAUUCUGAAUCUAUAUAUGACAAAAUUAUUAUUCCGUUUCCGGAAGGCGCGACAUGGUAUCUCACUUUCCGAUUGUUCUGCGAUAAUGUUGUUUGUCCUUGUCGCACCUCGCACAAUGGCACGAAGUAUUACGUCGACACAACUGAGAAUUCCGAGGAAAUUGACAGUACCAUGUUUUCCAAUAUAACUAGGGAAGGUGAGACAGAAUGUAAUACGACUAUUGUAUUGUCUGUCUCAUCGAAUUCAUGUGUUAACGGCAGGUGCAGUAACCAUGGAAACUGCGGAAUUAAUACGUUUAGUGGACUUGUGAUGUCAUUUUGUUCCUGUUUAUCUGGCUAUGGUGGUUGGGAUUGCUCAGACGAUACAAGGGUCGAUAGUCACUUCCACAUGUUACUCGCAGUUCUUCUCCUAACGCUAAGUAAUCUUCUCUUCAUUUUGUCAAUUUACGUAGCGACUAUCCGGAUGUACUUCGUGGAAGCAGUAAUGUAUGCCUUUACGAUGCUUUUCUCGACUUUUUACCACGCCUGUGAUGCCCCCGCCCAAAUCGCCUACUGCAUCAUGAGAGGUAGUUUGUUACAAUUCGGUGAUUUCUAUUGCGGUCUUAUGUCCUUUUGGGUAACUCUUCUAGCGAUGAGCAUAAUCAAUCUAAAACUACGUUCAUUCCUGCAGAUAAUCGGUGCCAUAGUAGUAGCUUUAUUGACAACGUGGAAUAUGCAUUCGAUCGUGGCAUUCCUGUUACCCGUCGCAUUUGGUGCAUUUAUAUGUUUAGUUAGUUGGUAUACUGAUUAUAGAAAGACGAAAAGAGCCCAGUUUCCCAGAUCCUAUUAUACGACGUACAUGCCAUUAGGUCUCGCUUUAGUAUCGGCAGGUCUCGUUUGCUACGCGUUUCUGCAAACAGAACAGAAUUAUAAAAUAGUUCACUCAUUGUGGCAUAUGAUAAUAGCUCUUAGCGUUGUGUUUCUACUGCCUGAUAUUAAAAGACGUAACGUAAAUCCAUUUCUACCGGAUAGGCAAUUAUAUCCGUCGCCAUUUUGGAGAACUUUAAAUAGGCGGGAAGAACCGUAGAGGCAAAUUUAACGAUGGAAAGAUACUAAAAUUAAAAUAUAGAAUUUUCCAAGGUAUCCAUAAUAAUUAUGAGAUAUUUCCGCGAAAUUAUUAAAAUAUUAAAUUAAAACAUC